UCGUGACCCCCCGCCCCCAGCGCCGUGCGGGCUGCCGAGGGAGCGCCCCUGUGCUCGGCCCCGAGAGCCCGCGACGGCUGCUACGCACCCCGGUCCAUUGUUUCGCUUUUCUCUCUUCCGGGCAGGUGCCUGCGGCGCUCGCACGUGCCAAAGCGUCGGCAGGAGAGCAGGGACCCACGGGCGCCGGCAGGGGCGUCCCAGGCGCGCGGCGCGAGAUGAAGUACCUGAAGCCUUGGUGGUCGGACGGCGGCGGCCUCCUGCACCUCACCAUCCUGCUGAGCUUGGCGGGGCUCCGCCUGGACCUGGACUUGGACCUGGACCUCUACCUGCUUCUCCCGCCGCCCACCCUGCUCUGGGAUGAGCUGCUGCUGGCCAGAGGCCCGACGAGCUCCGCCUACGCGCUCAGCCCCUUCCCAGCCUCGGGAGGGUGGGGGCGCGCGGAGCAGCUGCACCCCAAAGGCCGGGAGCCGGACCCAGCGGCGGAUCCCGAGGGCCGGCUGCUUCGGGAGGUGCGCGCGCUGGGGGUCCCUUUCAUCCCCCGCACCCGAGUGGAUGCGUGGCUGGUGCACAGCGUAGCGGCCGGGGACGCCGACGGGGCCCACGGGUUGCUCGGCGCCGCCGCCUCUUCCGCGGAAGGAGUCGGCGCUAGCUUGGAAGACAGCAGCCAGGCUGCACCGGGGGAUGGCGGGGACCCCCGAGCGGUUGCAAGUAGCCCCUCGGCCGCCGGGGAAGAGGAGAAGGCACCGGCAGAACCGACGGCUCAGGUGCUGGACGCCGGCGGCCGCGCGAACCAGGAGAAUGAAGUACUAAGAGAGAGGCAUGAAGCUAUGGGUCACAGCUACCAGAAUGAGGAAAAUGAGCAAAGAGUAUCAGCCCAAGAAAAAUCACUACAGCAGAAGAAUGAGGAUGAAAGUAAAAUAGCAGAUAAACCUGACUGGGAGGCAGAAAAGACCACGCAAUCUAGAAAUGAGAGAUCUCUGAAUGGGACAGAAACAGCUUUCUCUCUGGAUGACUUAUCUCAGAUGCUUUUGUCACAGCCUGAAAAUUCACUGGAGGGCAUCUCACUUGGAGAUAUUUUUCCAGGUAGUAUCAAUGAUGGCAUGAAUUCUUCAACACGUAACAUAAACUUUAGCCAAGCUAUAAGUCACGAUGUGAAUCUCCAUGACGCCAUGUUGCUAUGUCCUGACAAUACAUUUAGAAGAGAACCAACAGCAAGGACUUCACAACCAGAAGAACCAUUUCUGCAGUCAAAUUCUCAUACUACCAAUCCUGAACAGACCCUUCCUGGAACUCAUCUGACAGGAUUUCUUCCCCUUGUUGGCAAUCAGAUGAGGAAUCUAAGUCAAGACCUUCUACGUGACCUUGAUAUAAGCAUAUUUGAUGAGACAAAUUUAAUGUCCUUGGCCACAGAAGGUUUUGAUUCAAUGGAAGUGUCUCAGCUUUUUGAAGAACUGGAUUCUGAUUCUGGGCUUUCCUUAAAUUCAACCAACAGUACCUCUGUCACCAAGUAUAAUUCCUCUUGCUCAAUGUGUGAAGGCGGUGCUACAGGUUAUAGUGACCUGGAAGGAGCUGUAGGAGGCUACUACCCAGAUCCCAGUAAGCUUUGUCACAUGGGUUGGAGGAAUGAUUCUGGCUUUCAUGGGGACCUUGCCAUUCAACACAUACAUCAUAACCACACUUACCACGUAGAGCCAGGUGCUCUAGAUUCCACCCCUAGAUCUUUUUCACAGCAUGGGAAGUCACAGAAAAUAAAUAAGCACCUGAAUGACACAGACAGAAACUUAAGUCGCGAUGAGCGACGUGCUAAGGCUCUCCAUAUCCCUUUUUCUGUAGAUGAAAUCGUCCGCAUGCCUGUUGAAUCUUUCAACAACAUGCUAAGCAGGCACUACUUGACAGAUUUACAAGUGUCACUCAUGCGUGGUAUAAGAAGAAGAGGGAAAAAUAAAGUUGCUGCUCAGAACUGUCGUAAACGCAAACUGGAUAUAAUUCUGAAUCUCGAAGAUGAUUUAUGUAACUUGCAAUCCAAGAAGGAAAUCCUUAAGAGAGAACGAGCCCAGUAUAACAAAGCUAUUACCACAAUGAAACAAAAACUCCAUCACCUUUAUCACAGUAUUUUUAGUAGGUUAAGAGAUGAUGAUGGUAGGCCUGUCAAUCCAAACCACUAUGUUCUUGAGUGCAGCCAAGAUGGAAGUGUUUUGAUUGUACCUAAGGAACUGGUUACCUCAGGCCACAAAAAGGAAAACUGUAAGGGAAAAAGAAAGUGAAGAGAAGAAACUGAAGGUGGAUUCCAUUAUGUAGGAGUUAAACUGAUACAUGGCCACAAACCACUGAAACUGCUUCAAAGUAUUAUCUUUUACUACUGCUACUUGAAUCACUCAGGACUACAUUUUGAAACUCUUAUGGAUUAUGUUUGUGGGAAAUUUUGGGGAAGCCACAACUUUUCAUCAAGUCCAACUAUAUUUAUGCAGAACUCAAAUAUCUAUGUACAAAGAACAGGAUGACAUGAAAAGCAGACAAUCCAGUCAUCUGGUUGCCUUUUUCUUCUUUUUCAGUAACAUAGUCACUUCAAAGAGCAAACACUGGAUGUAAAUUGUUUUUAAACAUUUUGGUUUUUUGUGACUUGAAAUGCAAUGUAAUUUAGCUUCAAGUUUUAAUUUUUUAUAGCAUUGUAGUUACCACUGAAUAUACGGAGCCUUAACAAAAGCUUUUUUAUCUAUGAACACUUAAAUUGCUUUCUGUGGAAAUAAAUUUGAAUUUAUAAAAAUUUCUUAUAUAGAAAUUCUAACCAUUAUUUACCUUGGAUAUUCUCCAUAAAACCCACAUUCAGGAAUACAGG